UUCUAAUUGAAAAUCACAAUUUGUAAUCAAAUUGGAGACGAAGGAAGUACAAUAAAUCAUACAAUAAAAUUUCUUUGGAUGAUACUUUAAUUAUAUGAUUUUUAAUACUUUAUUUUUUUUCAACUCUUUAGAUAUGUUAGCCACCAUCGACUGAUCCAGUCCGGUCCUCCACCCUCCGCCGUUUCCCCGCAAACGCCUCUCGCAGAUGAACACAAAUAAACGGCGAACAAAAUACUAAAAAAGAACCAUAAUUUCCGUUUCUCUCUCGCCAUGCCGUGGUUUAGGAAUCUGAUCCAUCUCCCGAUCGCCACCGCCUGCAAAAGAUCACCAUCGUAUAAGGCGGUGUUCCCAGCGGCGUCGCCGCCGCCGCCGUCUCUGACCCAGAUUUUGCUGUUCAGCACACAAGCUGCCUCGCCCACGGCGGCGGAGUCUGGGGCAAGGCGGCGUACUGGUGGUGGGGUAGGGCAAGCGGGACUGGGGCCGACGAAGGGGGAUGAGAAACCCAGAGUGGUGGUGCUGGGGACCGGGUGGGCUGGGUGUCGGCUGAUGAAGGGUAUCGACACCAGCAUAUACGACAUCGUUUGCGUGUCGCCGAGGAACCACAUGGUAUUCACUCCUCUUCUCGCCUCCACCUGCGUCGGCACCCUGGAGUUCCGGUCGGUUGCUGAGCCUAUUGGGCGGAUCCAAUCCGCCAUUUCCCGGGAACCCAAUUCUUAUUUCUUCCUGGCUAACUGUUCUGGAAUUGAUUUCAACAACCACGUGAUAAACUGCCAAACGGUUACAGAUGGAGUGGAGACGUUAGAUCCAUGGAGGUUCAGUAUUGCGUAUGACAAGUUGGUUGUGGCUGCCGGAGCCAAAGCCUUAACAUUUGGGAUAAAGGGUGUGGAGGAGCACGCUAUCUUUCUCCGGGAAGUUCACCAUGCCCAAGAAAUAAGGAGAAAACUCCUACUGAACCUCAUGCUUUCUGAUGUGCCUGGAGUUAGUGAAGAAGAAAAGCGCAGACUCCUACAUUGUGUUGUGGUGGGAGGUGGCCCCACUGGAGUUGAGUUCAGCGGGGAACUCAGCGACUUCAUCAAGAGGGAUGUUCAUCAAAGAUAUGCUCAUGUCAAAGAUUACAUUCACGUCACAUUAAUCGAGGCAAAUGAGAUAUUGUCUUCCUUUGAUGACCGUCUUCGUACUUAUGCCACCAAACAAUUGACCAAGUCAGGAGUUCGUCUAGUACGUGGUGUGGUAAAAGAUGUGCUGGCUGAGAAGAUAAUUCUGAGUGAUGGCACGGAGGUACCUUAUGGCUUGUUAGUGUGGUCUACUGGAGUUGGACCCUCUUCAUUUGUCGAAUCUCUCAAUAUUCCCAAAGUCCGUGGAAGGAUAGGGAUUGAUGAAUGGCUACGUGCCCCUAGUGUGGAGGAUGUAUUUGCAAUUGGGGACUGCUCGGGCUUCCUUGAAACUACAGGCAAGCCGGUGCUUCCAGCUUUGGCUCAGGUUGCAGAGCGACAAGGGAAAUAUCUUGCGACACUAUUGAACAGAGUUGGGAAAGCUGGUGGUGGGAAAGCGAGCGCUGCAAAGGACAUCAACCUUGGGGAUCAGUUUGUUUACAGACACUUGGGCAGCAUGGCUACGAUUGGUCGCUAUAAGGCUCUAGUUGACCUCAGGCAGAGCAAGGAGGGGAAAGGGGUGUCCAUCGCAGGAUUCACCAGUUGGUUCAUUUGGAGAUCGGCUUAUCUGACUCGAGUCAUCAGCUGGAGGAACAGAUUCUAUGUGGCCAUCAACUGGCUGACCACUUUUGUUUUUGGCCGUGAUAUUAGUCGGAUUUAGAUGAAAAUGAGCUACGUGUCCUCACAAAUAAAAUCCUUCUUCAUACAUAGUGCAGUGUUACUUUGCAGAUGAAGAGAAACUUGUUUAUAUUGUUGUUUUAAACCUUACUUUGAACUACCACAGUAAAGAAUUCAAUUCAAUAAGCAAAACCCAAUGUCAAUUUCACAUUUUUAUGGCAAAUUGUCUACAACAAGCAUGGCCAAAUAGAAUCUCUAACAGAAACUGAUAGAUCAACACAAGCUGUUGCUUUCACCUGCCAUUUCAGGCCAACUUCAGUAUUUAGAUUUUUUUUGGGGUUUACUAAUGUAUAUACAUCUACCAUUUAAGUUGAAUCAAAGAGGAACUGCAUU